AUGGUCUCCCUCCAAUUGUCCAAUGUCCUUGGUGUUGGCACCUAUGGAAUGGUGCUGCGUGGACUGGAGACGAAGACGGGCACACACGUCGCAGUCAAAAAAUCCCGCGUCUCAACACGAGUAAAGCGAAGCCUUCUGAAGUACGAAGCCCAAAUAUUGCAUCUCCUCAGAGGGCAUCCUGCUAUCCCAGCGGUCCAUGCGUACGGCAGGUUUCCGCAUUUUGAGUACCUCGCUAUGGAGCUCGGUGGCGAGAGCAUCAAGACGCUAUCUCCAACCCCAAGCGGGACGCAGCUCAGGACUGUCGUCCUGCUCGCGAAACAACUGAUAUCCGCCCUUGAACAUAUUCACUCUCACGGAAUCCUUCAUCGAGAUAUUAAGCGAGACCACAUAUUGACAUCUCUCAGCGACCCCUGUCAAGUCAUCCUUGUCGAUUUCGGGAUAUCAUGCCCGCAAAAUGUUUUGCCGGAUCGUAAACGGUAUGACCCUGAGGCUGACCGCAAGCACAUCGUUGGUACGCUCAAGUGGGCAAGCUUGAACGCUCAUCGUGGAUUUAAUCUCUCUUGGCGCGACGACCUUGAAUCGCUAGCAUAUGUAUUCUUAUUCCUCUUACGCGGAAAUUUACCGUGGCAGGAAUUUGGGGAGUCCGGAACGCUGAUAGGUGACACAGCGCAGACACGGAUUAUUAAAUCCAGCUGGACAGGCAGUCAGUUGGCAGCUGGACACCCGUCUGUGUUUGGACAAAUCUUGGACGAUUCGAGAGCAAUGGGAUUUGAACAGAUGCCGGAUUAUGCUCGAUACAUGAGACAGCUUGAUGAGUUGUAUCACUCGUGCGGAUUCAGCGACGCCGACAAGUCAUUCGAUUGGUCCCCUGCCCCGUCUGUACCCGCGGCUGUUCUAGCUAAAUUUCCUGAUAGAAAAUUCGAGAGGACCACGACUUCCACCCCACAGCUCAUCCCCGGUCAGCUAGUUUCAGCCCGCUUAUUAGCUGGGCCCACAAUACUUGGAAUUGUGCCCAAGGACGAGCUCUGGGGUAUCGAGGAAUGUCACCAGAAGACAGCGCACUGCAAGUGGCGACCCGCUAUCGUUCUAGAAGCCGCCGCAGACGAUGAUGGCCAUCAGAGCAUCAAGCUAGCCGCUCUCGUGCGCAAUGCGGCCUUAGGUGGAGACUCCUCAGUUUCAAUUAAAACUGAGAGCAUUAAAGGCGUCGUUCCGUGGUCUUCGAGUCAGGAUAUGCACUGCUAUGUAUAUCCUGCGGCCAUAUCGUGCAUAGUUGGUGCUGUCGAGGGAGAUGUGAAGUACAGAGUUCAGGAGGACGUCCUGUCCACACUCCAAGAUUCGUUCGCUGCUUCCAAAAAGGACCAUCUCAGCACGGAAGACCGCAGUAUUCUCGAAAACAUUGAAGAGAACGACGACACUAACCCUCUUCUCGUGCACAUCAAGGCUCUCCAUCCCGACGACCCAGUCGACUGGACCUCUUCACGGGCUUGGCUCGACGAGAUCGCAUACAUUCACAAAGAGCGCGCAGCUGACAACGGGUACCCGUGGCCAGGCUCGACGGACGAUGACGAUGAGGAGGAGGAGGAGGAAUAUUCGAACAGUUAUUAUGCGGCUGAUAUCGCGGAUUGGGAUAAUAGGCAGCAGGAGAGAGAUAGGACGUUGACACUUGCUGGGCUGGAAGGUAAUCUAGCGGAGAUGGAGGUAGACAUACCGGUUAUAAAAGAGGUCGUUGGGCACCUGUACUCGGGAAACUGA